GACCAAACCAACAAUUAAGAAUUUAUCAAAAUCACGACGAUCCAACUGAAGAAGUUGACGAAUCUCCUUUUAUAAAUCCAAUUUCUUUUUUAAACACUAUGCAUCAAAAAUUGAAAACUACUGCACCUCCAGUAUAUUCCUUCUCUCACGACGCAACAACCGGACAAUUUUAUUGUCAAGUUCAUUUUUGUGGACAGACUUAUCAAAAUCAAACCGCAAGGCCAAAAAAACAACAGGCGAAGGAAGAGGUUGCUAGCAUUGCGAUGAGAGAUCUUUCUCUCAGAAUGUCUGAUAUUACAGCUUUAAUUCGCACGGAUUUAAUCCGGGCUCAUGUUGCCGCAUCUCAGAAAGCUAAAUUCGGUGGUGGAAAAAAUCAACCUGGAAAUGGAGCUAUGGUGGUUCAUUCUCGACAAAUGUCACAACAAAUAACACCGCAUCCUUUAGAACUUAUCCCGAAAUCUGUUCAAUGGUAUAGAAAACAGACGGAACUUGCAAAUAAUGGGCAACCAAAACGACCUUGUGUCUUGUUGCUAGAAUUUUGUCAAAUGCAUAAAUUAGGACAACCUGUUUAUUCUAUGAGAGAUGAUGGUAGAGGCAAUUAUCUUUUUGACUGCACAAUAGCUGGUAGAGUCUUUAAUCCAGAGAUAGCUCUCUGGCACAAGAAUGAUGCCAAAGACCAUGUAAGCUCAAUAGCCUUUAAUGUUCUUUAUGGUGAAUGUGUUGCGAGAGAAUAUAGGGAAAUAGAAUUACGAUACCAUCAACCUCAACUUCACGGUGCUAUUCCGCCACCUUACGGAAAUUCAAUGGCUCUUUAUUCAACUGCUGAUGGCGGAUACUUUGCAACCCCAGGAAGUCUUGUUCCGGCAAAUCCUAUCUAUGUACAAAACAAUCUUAUUCCAAGCCAUUCUCAUUCAAUUCCUAGGACUUCUUAA